UCUUGGAAUACGAUCUGCACAACCACCUACACCAUCAUGUCAAGCAGUUGUUUAUGUACAACAACCAUUUUCACUAGCGUUACUGAGACUUUUUCGAUCGAAAUCUUAUGUUGUUCUAUUUAUUGGUUGUGGACUUGCAAUUGGAUGUUUUAAUACACUUUCAACAUUAGUUCAACAAAUGAUGUGUCCAUUUGGUUAUGAUAAUGUAACAGUUGGCUUUUGUUUGGGAUGGUUUAUUGGUGCUGGAAGUUUGGGUUCAUUGGUAUUUGGCUAUUUCGCGGAUAAAACAGGGAAAUUAGAGGAAAUCUCAAAAAUAUUAUAUGCUACAAGUUCAAUUGCUUAUAUUCUUCUUGUCUUGUUUAUUAUCAAUCAAGUAUGGAAAUAUUUUAUUUAUUUUGCAUUUGCUUUUGUUGGUUUUGUAUCAUUACCAUUAUCACCUAUAUCAAUGGAUUUAAGUCUUGAAUGUGUUUAUCCAAUACCAGAAGCAACUGCAACAGGAAUUAGUGUUAUGUCCAGUCAAAUUAUUGGAAUACUAAUGGUAGUUAUUUUUCCAAAAUUUGCUCGUCCGCUUAAUGCACAUCAAAUGUUAAUUGAGACUUGUUCAAAAGAUCUGAAAGAUGAUAUAGCAAUAUUAGAUUAUUCAACUAUUCAAUUUGAUUCACCAAAAGAUUUAGCUUCAUUUUCUCGAGUAUCUCGAUUAUUUUUAUCUGUAUCACGUGAUGAUCGUAUAUGGCAACGAUUAUGCUAUCGAUUAUAUAAUAUUAAACCAUCAUUAAAUGGAAUGAAACAAAGUUUUUAUGAUUUAUUUACAAAAACUCUUGUACCUUAUGGCCGAUAUCUUGGUUAUUGGAAAUCAAAUGAAAGAUAUUUUGGUGGUCUUACUGAUGUUACAUUAAAUAUAUUAGAUGGAACUAUUACAGGAGAAAAAUUAAGUGUAAUGAAUGCUUCAAAUAAUAUAGCUCAAUAUUAUUUUGAUGAUGAAGAUGAAGAAGCGAAUGAAUCAUUUUUAAAACCAGUUUUUAUACGAUCAAAAUUAUUUACUAUUGAUAGUUUAUCUCAUCAAAUCUAUUGUCAUCAAUACAAUCAGGCUCAUCAUGAAUUAUCUUGGAUAAAAACUUUUAAUAAAAAUCAACAAUAUUUCGGUUUAUCACAAGAAGCAUUACCCAGUAAUGAACGAUCAUUAUUAAUUACACAUGAUCAUGAUUUAACGGAAAUACCCGGAGAACGAGAUAUUUAUUUUACAAGACAUUGUUCCGAUGAUUCAACAAUUAUUUAUCAUCCUCUAUCAAUUCCACAAUCAACAACUGAUGCGAGUAAUCAUUCAUUAUCACGUUUAAAUGGUCUUUGGAUAGGAUCUUAUGGUGGUCAUGGUCUUGAAUUACUUCAUUUAGAAUUGUGUCAUGAUUUUACAUGUCCAACAACGGUUGAUGGAAUGUUAACAGAUGCAGAAAUUGUUCCAGAUGCUUUAAUUGCUAGAAAAAUUUCCGGAGAUCCGAAUGUACCACAUGGUAAAAUAACUUUUGCUGCUAUACAUCCUCUUGAAGGUGAAUCAGAUUCUCCUUUAUGUUAUGAAGGCAUUGGACAAAUUGCACAUACAGGUUAUGUUAAUCCACAAUUUAUCCGUACAAAAGUAACUAUAUUAUCGAAUGAUAUGUUAACCGUCACAUGGUAUGCUUUACAUCAUACCUCAUUGUUUAAAAGAUGUAUAUUUUGA